AUGGCUCCACCGGCAUUUCUGAACCGAGUGGCCCCGUGGGGCUGCUAUCCAUCAACAUCACCAACCACUAACAAAGAUGAAGAAGGCGUGCUCCUAUCGCUAAUAGAGCACGAGAGCUCAAUCCCUACUCUCCAUCUUCUCUUCUACAGCAUCCUCGCCUACAUAGUUUACAAACUCCUCCUAUACCCUCGAUUCCUAAGCCCGUUGCGCUCUCUCCCUCAACCAAAGGGCGGCUAUCCAAUCCUUGGUCACUCCCUGUCUCGCUUCCAACAACCCCUCGGCAAAACCUACCUCCACUUCAUGAACACAGUCCCAAACUCCGGCCUCAUUCUCUUCCGUGACCUCUUCCACACCGAUCACCUCCUUCUCACAUCCCCCGAAGCCCUGGCCGAGACACUCGUUCGCAAACCCUAUCAUUUCGAUAAACCGCCGGAGAUCCGGCUCUUCACGAGUCGAAUUCUCGGGGGUGGGUUGCUCACCGCCGCCGGGGUGACGCAUAAGAUGCAGAGGCGACAUGUGGUGCCGAGCUUCACGCUUAGGAAUACCAGGCGUCUCGCGGGGCUAUUUUGGAGGAAGAGUGAGGAGUUGGUUGAUGGAGUGAAGAGGGAUAUGGAGAUUACCGUCCUCGGUGGUGCCCAGGGACUGUCUGGGGAUGAAGAAGGGACGGUUGUGGUAGACAUGAAUGUCUGGGCGACGAGGUCCACGCUGGAUGUGUUUGGGGACGCGGCGCUGGGUUUGGAGUUAGGGCUUUUGAGGGGGUGUGACCACCCGAUUGUGAGGGCGUAUGAGGGUGCGUUUCGGUCGACACCCGGGAAGGAUCUCCUCUUUGCGGGGAUGGCGAGUCAUUUUCGGUGGGUGGUGGAUUGGAUUCCAUGGGCUGUGGAUAAGGAGUUUGAUGAUUCCACGGCGUAUCUGAGACAGUUCUGCAGGGAGGCUAUUCAUAGGGGCAGACAGAGGCAGAGAGGAGAGCAGGAGCUGAAGAAGGAGAGGGCCCAAGAACAAGACGACCAGCCGGAUCUGCUGUCGAAGAUGUUGGCCUCGGGAAAGUUUACCGAUGACGAAUUAGUCGAUCAGUUCUUGACGUUUCUGGCGGCUGGACAUGAAACCGUCGCCGCUACAUUCGGCUGGACCAUCCACCUCCUCGCCAGCCAUCCCCAUAUCCAGACCCGUGUGCGCGAGGAACUCCGUUUUCAUGCCUCAAGAUCUGGCGACCAGAUGGCUGAGUCUCUGGAAUCGCUACCCCUUCUGCACGGAGUCUGCAACGAAGCCAUCCGCCUAUACCCAUCCGUACCCAUCACGCCUCGGGUCGCGACCCGCGAGACCUCGAUACUAAACCACGCCGUGCCCAAAGACACGCGGAUUAUGAUUGCGCCAUGCGCCAUCAACCGGUCGCCACAUCUCUGGGGUUCGACGGCGGACGAGUUCAUGCCGGAUCGCUGGAUCGAUGCGGCCACGGGCUUGGUGAACAAGACGGGUGGUGCUGAGAGUCUGUAUGCGAACUUGACGUUCCUGCAUGGAGCGCAUGGAUGCAUCGGGGCGGAUUAUGCGAAAGUGGAAUUGAGAGCCAUGGUGGCGGCUUUUGUGCAAGCGUUUGAGAUGGAUAUCAGGGCUGAGGAUCAGGGGAGGGUGAUUGUGAGAGGGAGACUGGCUACGAGGCCCGGAGAUGAGAAUGGGAGGCUGUUGAUUAGGUUGAAGGCUGUUUGA